AUGUCCCCACACCCCACCCGCAAGGUGUGCCAGCCUCCCCCCAAGGUGCGGCCCCUCCCCUGCGGGACCCGGUCGGUAAAGUCCGUGCCCUCAGAGCCCCUUCGCUUGUCCAGCGCGAUAGCUGUCCACCUAGUCUUUUCCGUGUUCUCCCCCUCCAUCGUGUCCUCCUGCUCCCCGUGUCCUCCUGCUCCCCGUUUCCCCCCACCUAUCCUGGUGUCUCGUCCUCCCCUCCUGGUGUCUCGUCCCACCCCCCUGCCCGUUGCCGCCAUGGACCCCGCGCUCCUCUCGCUGCUGUCGGCAGUCGCAUUCCGCGCGUUGGGCCCGGCUCUGGGUCCCCUGGCGCCUCCGCCCGCAGUACUCCGCGGGGACGCGACACGGCUGUGGCGCUGGCAGAACCUGCGCGUGUCCAUGGCCCACGCACUCAUCGCGGGGCCCUCCGCCCUCGGCUGCUUGAUUUUCUUUCCUGAGGUGUUGACUGACCUUACCAGCUAUACUCUGCCAAUGAACGUGCUCCUAGCCAUCUCCACAGGCUAUUUCUUGCAGGACACACUGGAUAUUGUUUGGAGUGGUCAGGUGAAGGCUUCAUGGGAGUUUCUAUUUCACCACGCGCUGGUGUUGUCGUGUUUCGGGUACUCACUGCUGACCCUACAGUACGUCGCUGGGACCACAGUGGCUCUGCUUGUAGAAGUGAACAGCGUGUUUCUGCACGCGCGUCUGCUCAUGAAGCUGGCAGGAGCCAACGCGGGCUGCAGUCGGGCCUAUCGACUCAACCGAUACCUUAACGCAUUCACAUACGUAAUUUUUCGUCUCGGUGCACAGGCCUACCUAACUGUCUAUGUUAUUGUACAAUGGCAGCUCUUGAUGCAUCCACUUUUCUUCUGUAUAGUAUUGAAUCUCAUGAAUAUUAUCAUGCUCAUCUACUUCUAUCGGUUGCUGCUCACAGAUUUUUGUCCCAGGUUAAAACAAUGCAAUAACAAUAAGUUUGUUUCAGACUGAGCUUUUCCUGAAUUAAGCGAUGGUUUGGUUGAGUGGUUAACAGACAUGUCCAGUUUGUCAGGUUAAUUCCCAUGUGGGUUUUUAUUUUUGUAUGCUUUUGAUGAUUUGUAUUUUUAUUUUUAACACCUUAAAAGUAAUUAAAUAUUUUUUGGUAAGACAAAAUAUUUUCUCGUAACACAAUACAUGUCAACACGUGACUGAGUGAGCAGAAGGGCGCAGCACAGGCUUUAAUGCUCGUGCCUCACAGCAAGAAGACCCUGAGUUAGAUUUGUGGAUGUCCUCCCCCUGUUCUGAGUGGAUUUUCUCCGGAUUCUCAAAUUUUCCAUCCUUAGCUAAAACACAUUCAAUGCAACUACAAUUGGCCAAACAUCCCAACUGACAAAUGCCCUGCAAAUUACUCAAAUGAGAUUACGCACAGCAGCGACAUUGCUCCCGACUGCAGAACACUGGGAGGACCCUCCUGACAAAGAGUUGAGACUCCCUCAGGCUUUCCUGGGAAAACAAGCGAAUAAUAAAAAAAGUUAUACAAAUUACGCGG